UGAAUUUUAUUCUAAAUAUAGGAAGCCAGGAGUGAUUUAUAAGCACAAGAGUUAUUCUGAAAAUAAAAAACUCUAUUUGCUCUGUGGGAAAUGAAUUGGAAAUGACAAAACUGGAAGCUUGUGGCAGAACUGAAACAUAAUCUAUUGUACUGACUUCGAGGAAAGAAUAAGUUAUUUACCUAGCAAGCAUUUGCGUGCCAACCUGUUCUAAACGGUGGGGACGAACAAACCAGAGUUCCUGCUUUCAUGGUGUGCACACACUAGCGGCAAAAGACAGACACAGCACGUGUGGCAGUGCAGAGGGCUUGGCUGCAAGAGCUGAUAAGGAGGACCCUGGGAACUGCCUAAUCCAAAAGCCCUAGCUAGAGCAAGAUCCAUUUGUACUGCCCUUAGUACAGCCACGUGAGUGGGGUGACCAUUGACCUUAACCAAAAAGAUGUCAAGGUUUUCCUCCUCCUCACUCCAGCGUCCCCAGUCUCAGGGGGAGUUUCGCAGCUGGACCCCAGCAGCCUCAGAACAAACCGCGCCGGGAGACAACUUCCGGGGGCGGGGCCGCUCUUCUUCCGCGUCUACUACGCCUGCUCCCCGGACGAAACCCGCGGACUGGGCUUUAGGUUCCCGGGAAUCCCACGCUCCCGACUUCUGCUUCCGGGUCACAGCCAUGGCGGUGGCAAAUUCAAGCCCUGUUAACCCUGUGGUGUUUUUUGAUGUCAGCAUUGGCGGUCAGGAAGUUGGCCGCAUGAAGAUCGAGCUCUUUGCAGACGUUGUGCCUAAGACGGCCGAGAACUUUAGGCAGUUCUGCACCGGAGAAUUCAGAAAAGAUGGCGUUCCAAUAGGAUACAAAGGAAGCACCUUCCACAGGGUCAUAAAGGAUUUCAUGAUUCAGGGUGGAGAUUUUGUUAAUGGCGAUGGUACUGGAGUUGCCAGUAUUUACCGGGGGCCAUUUGCAGAUGAAAAUUUUAAACUUAGACACUCAGCUCCAGGCCUGCUUUCCAUGGCAAACAGUGGUCCCAGUACAAAUGGCUGUCAGUUCUUUAUCACCUGCUCUAAGUGCGAUUGGUUGGAUGGGAAGCAUGUGGUGUUUGGAAAAAUCAUCGAUGGACUUCUAGUGAUGAGAAAGAUUGAGAAUGUUCCCACAGGCCCCAACAAUAAGCCCAAGCUACCUGUGGUGAUCUCACAGUGUGGGGAGAUGUAGCCCAGACCAAGACUGAUUCAGUAUAGCUUGCUCGACUUCAAGGCCAUAAACCAAGAGUGUGGACUGCCCUUCCUCUCUAUCCUGGGACCAAAACCUGCCAGGAAGAAGGAUUGCUCUUUGUUCUGGACAUCCACAGAGAGCCAUCAGAGUCUGACAGAAAGGACAAAGGCUUUGGAGCCAAGUAGACCAGGAAGCCCCACCACUGUCUAAUUCUGUGACUUUAGUCAAGCCAUUAAACCCCUUGGCACCCUACUUCACUCCUUUGCAUAAUUAGAUAAUAUAUUAUGCACAGAGUUGUGAAGGGCAAAUAAAUUAGACAGUAUGCUUGACCAUAAA